AUGCAGGGGCGAGUAGGGGAUGGACCUGCAGGAGCCGGCGCUUGUUUCGUCGGGGGGGUUCUUUCCGUAGCGGCGCCGACGUCCCGUCACUCGUUCCGUUACUCAGGCCCGCGACCCCCUCCUUCUGGGCAGACGCAGCCGGAGAGUGGCAGUGGGGAGGAGGAUGAGGAGGAGGAGGGUGAGGGCGAGGAGGAUGAGGACGAUGAGGGGAGUGGGGAUGACAGUGAGGCCGGGUGGGAUCCCGAGACGCAUGGCGGUGGGAAAGGGGGGGAUGAUGAGGAGGACCAUGAGAUGGAUGGGUUGGAGCCAGAGGAGGUGGAGGAGGGGGUGGGAGAGGGUGGUGAAGGGGCGGCGACAGAGGCGGCCUCACAGCAUGUGGCUGAAGGAGGAGGGAGCGUGGGGGUUAAGGUGGGGAGAAAGCGGGCAUCCAUUAGGAUGCCGAAGCGGAGGAAGAGGGCGAGCAAGUUGAGGGAGCGAGCAUAUCCCUGCACAUUCACUGGGAAGCCCUUGGGCGCGGGUGUGGUCGCUCCGGAGUUCCUAGACGAGGACGGAGGGUCCGAGAGUAGUAAGGGGACUAGCAAGGGUAAUAAAAAACCGGGGUGGCAAGUACAGAUGUUCGGGCCUAAAGGGGCAGACGAGAAGCGUCAGUGCAAGAUUUGCACUGACAGGAUUUCGUGGAAGCAAUCCACAACAACACCCGGCGAGCGGCACUUCGAGAGCUACCACACAGCGCACAUGCACGUGUGGCAUCACCGUUACCACACUCCGUCCGUUCACUUGCCUGGGGAGACGUUUCCUCGUGGGGGCUACAAGGGUGUGCCGGAUGGCUACGUCGAUGGGUGGCCGCAUGCCAAGUCUUGGCCGCAUCUCGCAAAGAAGAAAGGGACGGCGUCUGGUGGAGCUGAGGGGUCAGGCGGGAUGGAGCGGUUCAUGACAACCAAGCUGUCCACGGAGGAGCUACGGCAGGCGAUCGCCAAGCUGGUGGUCACCUGCGACCUCCCCUUCCGCAUCGUCGAGUCCGAGGCCGUGAGUGUCCCAUGCCUGGUGUUUUGGCAGCAUGUGGUUGACUAUUUCAUGCUUCUAUUAAGAACUUCAUCCCCUCGCGGUGGACGGGUAUCCCGCGACACUGUGGUCUAUGCAACAGCAGCUCUCCAGUCCGCCAUUGCGGAGAUGCUGGCGAAGGAGGGGGAGUUGGGGUGCAAGGUGUCGAUCACCAUCGACAUGUGGACGGCACCCAACAACAAGGCAUGGCUAGUGGUGACUGGUCACUGGAUAGACGAGAACUUCCAGCUGCGCACAAUGGUGCUUGAGUUCCAUGAGAUGCUCGGGCGGCAUGGGGGCAGGGAGAUGGCGCAGGUGGUUGAGGAGACAAUUGUGCAGUGGGGGUUGGAGGGGCGUUGUCUUGGUUUCACGACAGACAACGCCUCUAGCAACAUUGCCGCCUUCAGGCGGAUGUCGGAGGAGGGUGGUGGUCAGUGCUUCCUCAACUCGCGCAUGCACUUCCGGUGCUUGGCACAUGUGAUAAACCUUGCAGUGCAGGCAGCACUGGCUGCCAACCCUGCCACGCCGAAGCCGGCGUUGAAGCUGGUGCAGGACAGUCCUAUGUGCUGGGGGUCGACCCACGACAUGGUCGAGCGUGCGGCUGUUCUGCAGAACCCCAUCACUGUCUUCUUCGCCCAGACACAGGGCUUGUCGAAGACCGACAAGAAGAAGGUGGAGAGUUUGCGCCUGACAGACGCAGACUGGGAGACCCUGCAGGCGGUGAAGACAUUCCUAAGCCCCUUCGCCAAGGUCUCCAAGGCAGCAGAGGGGGCGGCGUACCCGACUGUGUCGAUGGUGGUGCCGUACUACAACGGCCUGAUCGACGCCAUGGAGUCGCGCCUUGCCAAGGGGCCAUCUCCGACGCUGCAGCCGAUGAUCGUGGCGGCGCUGAGCCACUUGAAGAAGUACGCCUACAUCACCAGCAACGAGUACUGGAUCGCCACCUUCUUGGACCCUUCCAUGAAGGCGGCGUGGUUCGACGACGCGCACUGGGAGAAGUUGCAUCCCGAGACCGACAGGAGGGUGAGGCCGCGUCCGGCGUCUGGCGAGGUGAUCAAGCUGGUGCGCGACCGCGUGGCCGAGUACCAGGCCCGGGCUGCAGAGCUUGCUCCACGGCCGACCCCACUUGCCCCCGUUGCGGAGGAGGAGGGGGGAGACGAGGAGGAGGACGACGAUGACGCGCAGUUUCUCCCUAGUCGCCGACGACUUGCGGCGCGUCUAUCGGCGAGCCAGGAUGCGGGGGCGGGUGGGAUGGUGCAGGACGACGAGGUUAGCAGGUACUUGUCCGAGAGGGUGCGGUGCGACGUGACAGCGCUAGAGUACUGGCGCAGUGCCACCAACAUGCAGACGCUGAGGCGCAUGGCCCGGGAUUAUCUCGCCAUCCCUGCCACGUCCGCUUCGAGUGAGCGGGUGUUCUCCCUUGGUCGCAACCUCAUUUCCUGGAAGCGGCACCGCCUGGCCUCUCAGAGGACGCGAGCUGUCAUGAUUCUCAUAUCAUGGUACGGUUCACACCAUGGCCAGAGGAUAGGCGAGGGCCGCCGACCGAGAGGCGUCGCACCACCAGAGUUCGCCAUUGAGGGCGAGGGGGCAGAGGAGGAUGACGAGGAGGAGGAGGAGGAGGGUGUGGAGGCUGACGACACAGCUGGUGGAGAGGAUGAUGUUGUUGGUAGUAGCA